UAAGAGACGCCGCCGUCGCCGCCUCCACGGCACUUGUUGUGGUCUUGGCCGCAACGCGACACUUUUGUCGUGGCUCCGCUCGGGCAUCCGCGAAGUUUGCUCAAAGAGAGUUGCGUCCUCACACGGGCCGGCAUUUGUACGGCGCAAGCUCCUAUCGGUUCGCUCCAGAGCUGCUCCUUUUUGUGUUGUCCACUUGGUUGCCAUUGCCACCCGCCCGCGCCUCCCGGUUGGCACGUUUGGCUACGUACGGCGCGAAAGAAGGUCAACAUGCAUAACACGUAGGGGGACAUUCAAGGUGAAUUGAAUCUCUGGCGGCACGGGACACGACAUCCCCCACUCUCACGCUGCGGCACCGUGAACUGGGCAUCCAGUAUCAUCAUGGCCGAGUCGAUGCUGUGCGCGACGGACGAGACCUACGCUAGGGCCUUGCUGCGCUUCCUGGAUGCAGACCGGGAGGCGCGCCCCGCGCUCUCGCUAUGCGACGUGACGCUCAUUGCGGGCGAACGCAAGUUCCGUGCUCACCGCACCGUGCUGGCCGCGGGCAGCGUCUACUUCCGCCGCCUGUUCUCGGCGUUGCCGUGCGGGUCGGCGCCCGGGGAGGAGCGCCUCUCUCUCGCAGGCGGCAGCGCCGGCACCUCCUCGGCCGUGUACAACGUGGAGAUCGCCGGCGUGGAACCUGGCACCUUUGAGCUGGUGCUGUCCUUCCUGUACACGGCGAGCGUGCGCGUGGACGCGGCGCGAGCGCGCGCUGUGCGGGCGCUGGGCCGAGCGCUGGGUGUGCCCUUCUUGGCCGCGCUGCCAAGCGGGCGGCCUGCACAGCACGCGGCGCGCGAGAGCGGAAGCGGCGGCGGCGGCGACGUGAGCACCGAGGGCGUGCCGGUGAGCGACAAUCCCCUGGGUGAGGCGGUGGGACAGGGAGAGGUGAGCGAAGGGCAAGCAGACGGCGCGACUGGCGAAGGGCAGGCGGACGAUGGGACUCACUCGGAUGAGGAUGACGUUCCUGCGAUCGUCGGAGUAGUUUCCCCUGUGGACAAUGGCCUGGGCGCAGUGCAGUCGGUGUGUCACCUGCGCGCCCACGUUGAAGAAGCCUGCUGUGAGGGGGAAGAGGCCGGCGGUGGAGGUGUGAGAGUGAACGAGCCAGAAAGGAUUGAGGCGAGCGAAGAAGAACAGGGGACAGUCGGAGGUGCUCCAGAUCAACGAGAGUUAAGUGCCGACUUCUCCGAGAACUCCGCGCUGGAGACCCCGGAGCUUGCGGCGAAGUCUCGGGAACACGGUGGCUGCGAGGCUCUGGAUACCCUCGUCAGCAUUUCUAUCACGGCCGUCUGCCACGAAGGCAAAAGUGGCGACGUCCGUCCCGAUGCAGAUCCUGGCGAAAGCGUCAAGAAUGGAACCCGGUGCGAGCAGGACUCGCUGCCGCUGGAAGCCCCCGUGAGACCGACGGUAGCAAAACGGACCACCCCACUGGAGGCGACGAUUAGAAAACUGCAGCAGGACGUGGAGAAACAAGACAAAGCCUGCAGCCCCGAUCGUCUUUUUUCCAUGCAGGCCAAGGUAGAGAGAUCACUGCAGGGCUCCUCGUCGGCGGGGGCUAUGCAGGGUACUGGUAGCCACAAGGGUAGCAGAGCGGCGUCUGGCCCGGGCCUUAAGCGCGGCGUUUCCAACAAGAGACCCUGCAAUGUAGCUGACGAUGGGAGCCCCAGCUUGAAAAGCUUUCGCACGAGCUUGGUGCUGGGCCGACUCGCGGAGGAGGGGCCCCCCGCCGCCGACUGCGACACCGCGCAAAAGUGGUCGCUGGAAAAGCUCCGCGUCAAGAACACCUCAAAAAUCUGGUGCGACGAGUGCGGCCAGGUGUUCCGCACGGUGCGGGCUCUGAAACGCCACGGCGAUGUCUACCACAGCGCCAACCGGCCAUACCCCUGCGCCGUGUGCGGCAAGCGCUUCCUCACGAGCUACAAGGCCUGGACGCACCGGCGCACACAGCACGCCGCGUCGCUGGGCGCCGGUCUGGAGGAGUCCUCGGAAGACGCCACCUCCCGCGUCUUCCUCGUGAUUCCGUCCUUCGUGAGCGGGGCGCUGGAUGGACAGGCGGAGCCUCAUGCCGGCGACCGCCUCGGGGACGGAGGCGCCGACGGGGUGGAGGAGGGUCGCGCGCCGCUGGGGUUGGGAAGGCGUGCCAGGGCUGAACGGGGGAAUAGAAGCGCUGCCAGGAGCCAGAACGAUGCUUUAGAGUCUGACGGUCUUCUGGCAGAUGCGGAGAAAGCGGAUGUCACGAAUGAAGAAAUCUCUAGCAGUGAACAGUUACUGCAGACAGAGCCUGCUGAUGUUAAACCUGACGAGGACGAUGUGGAGCAUGCGAUGGAGAACGUUGAAACAACUGUCGAAGGCAUUGAAGAUGAAAUCAAAGCUGUUACACAGGACCACGUCUUGGAAGCUGCUCAGGAGGAGACGUUGUCGUAUGAUGGGAGCCAAGCAGUGGAGGGGGACAAAGAUGAUGAUGCGUUGAAAAUGAGCAGUGAUGGGCAGACCCUUCUGGUCAGUGGGGAGAGAAACGCGACAUUGAAUAAAGUCAAUGACAUCGAGUUCCACAUUGACGACGGUGGAGAAAUUAAUGGAAACCAAAAGAGCAGCCCAAAUGUUGAAGGAGAUUCUGCAGAAGUGGACAUUUCUCAAGCCAAGAAAUCCAUUGUUAAGUUGAGUCCGGAAAAGUCGACUGACCCCAAAUCUGGUGAUGGAGACAAAGGAUGUCAAGACCAAGAAUCAGUCACUGGCAUUGACAGUGAAACGCAGACAGAUGCUGUCUCGGAGGAAAGUCAGAAAAAGGUUCCACGGAAACGCAAAAACAUUUCGUGGGGCGACGAAGCUGCAGGUGGGAAAUUGGAGCAGAGGCUUCUCGUGAAAAAACUUGCCCAAUUUGGCGAGGAUUCUGAGCAGAACAACACAGAAGAAGAUGACGAGGACGAUCAUGAGAAAGAGGAGCCCCCGGCAGAGUCGCAAGAGGCCAACCUGAGCGCCCAAGAUGGCCAAAAGGUGAAAACCGCUGGCAAGGGCUGCGGCUACAUAUGUAGGGAAUGCGGCAAGAGCUUCCCCUUCUACUGCCGCUUCCGGGAGCACACCAAGACUCACAUGCUGGAGAGGCCGUACGUAUGCUCCGUGUGCCCCAAGUCGUUCCGCAGGGAGGGCAACCUCCGCAUGCACCAACGCAGGCACCGGCUCGAGCUGCUGGCCGAGCUGGACACCUCGCCCACGUCGCCGGACGCCGCCCUCGCUACGCCCGGGGUUAGGAAGUACGUGGGGAGGAGGGGUCCUCGUUUCGGGCUAGCGGGAAGCCCUGGCGCGCCCAGUCUAACACCCCGUACGAAAACAACGGGUGAGGAUUCCGCGGCCGAGCAGGGCGACAAAGAGCCGGUGCCGUGCCGGCUGUGCGAUCUGGUGCUGUGGUCGGCCGACGAGCGGAAGGAGCAUGAAGUGAUGUGUGGGCAGCAGCGCCUCAUGUGCAGAGCGUGCGGACGCACCUUCCGCACGGCCUUCAGCCUGUGGCGCCACCGCCUGGAGGUGCACCACGACUCGGAGACAUUCGCCUUCCUCCCCGAGAGCCCUGCUGCCCAGCCUUUAUCCCCCGCCGAGGCCGCCGCCGAGCGAGAGGAAUCCGCUGGCGCCGCUGAGGCGGUGUCGGAAGCGGUGUCGGAAGCGGUGUCGGACGCGGUGUCGGACGGGGUGUCGGACGGGGUGUCGGACGGGGUGUCGGACGCUGUGUCGGACGCUGUGUCGGACGCUGUGUCGGACGCGGUGUCAGACGCGGACAAGUCCGAGGAAAUCGUCGCUCACUCGUCACCGCUGCCUGCCAUCUAUCUAGCAUCGGCCUCUGCGGCCGAACCGUCGGCCUACUCUCUGCUGUCCCUCUCUGACGCUGCAGCGGCCGGCUCGCUUCAGAGCGACAUUCCAGUGGAGACUGACAGCGACAAAGAGGCCAAGGCGGUUUCAGAAAUCCUGAUAGUGCUGGGCCCAGCGCUAAAGCAUGACCCCAAAACAAAUGAGAUGCUUUCCGCAGAAGAGGAAAAAGUGGAGUGUCAAGACGCGGACACUAAUUUCGUGACUGUCGAGGUAAACACUCACAAAGGUGACGGCGACGAUGACGGCGGUGGCGGCGAUGACCACAAUGACGACUUCCAGGAAUCUCAAGCGGAGGGCGCGAUCCCGAGCUCCGCCAGCCCAGAGUCGGAGAGCCCCGCAGUUGAGAGCGGCGCUGAUAUCGGUGAGGAUAAGACGAAGCCGCAGCCCAAGAUGGUUCACGAGCUGGGCAGCGAGGAGGAAGAGGCGGCGCACGCCAGCUGCCGCAAGCCCCGGCUUGUGCAUCCUGUGUCGCCGCCGCCGCGAUUGAGGAGGGACAGUGCGGCCCAAGCGAGACAGCUGAAGGCGCGGGCGGCUAGAGCGGAUCGGAGAGCAGCUCCGCUCGUGACCGCCGCCGACGUGGAGAGCUCUCCACACCUAGAGCCCAGCGCCGUGGCGGCGGCGGCGGCGCAGGGCGUGGACUUCCCGCACACGUGCACCAAGUGCGGCGUCGUGUUCAGCCUCUUCCAGCAGUUGGAGCGUCAUCAGGAGCUGUUCUGCGAGGUGAAGGCGUUCCAGUGCCACGACUGCAACAAGUCCUUCCGCACAAACUUCCGCCUCUGGAGCCACAGGCAGAGUUUCCACUGGGACGGCGACGCUGCUCCCGAAAGCCACAGUGGCUGAGUUGGCGAUUCCUCUCGGUCGCUGUCGUUGAUGGCAUUGUAGUUUGUUGCAUCGAAAAGUCCUGGUUCUAUUGAAAGGCUUUGUUUUCGUCCAGUUGGCAACCCAGUUUCACAAGGCUACACCACACACUGCCAUGGGCAGCAGUAAUGGAUAUUUUUAGCGGUGAGAAGGUGAUCUUAACAUUUGGAGAAAUUAUAUUAAGUUGUCGCCGGGUGUUUUAUGGCUAUGUCACGCGGAGUGCUUUUUCAUUGGCGCUCCAGCUAAGGUUCGGCAUGUAUGAAACAUAUAAAUAGCAAUAAGUGCAUUAAAAUACAUUCAAAUUUAAAUCAAUGUUGACCGUUUGUAAAUAUGCCUUGGAAAGUGAAUUGUUCAGUGUUUCCCUUAAUUUGGAUGUAUCUCGUUUUGUUGUUACUGCACAUUGCGUUACGUUUCCAAAGACGUGUUUUUUUGUUUUUUUGAAAAGUAUUGAAGGUGAUUUAAAGCUUUCGUGACUGUAGGUCUUCAUACUGUUUGGGUCUUGCGGUAAAGUCACGUGACUUUACCGAAAGACCCAAAGAGUAUUGAAGGUGACCCACAAUUUUCCUUUUGAUUGUUUUGGUUUCCACCCGAUAUAUAUAUGGGUUUCACACUCACCCAAUUAUUACUGCCACGUGAACCAAGUCCGUUGUGACACUUCUGCAUUACAAAGCUGUACUUCAACGUUGCAUUGUGGUAGCAACUUGAACGUGUUGUAAAAGUUUCUGUUGAACAUCACGACUGCAUACAAUUUGUUUCUUACGUAUUGUAGAGUGUUUUAUUAAGCUAUUGUAACCUAUGAUAAUCCGUUGAUUCAUUAAAUCCGUGUUGAAAUAGGCCCAGAGGCCUGUUUUCUUUAAAGGGACAAACUGCGGCCUUCUUUGCCCUACUCAAUUGUGUACAAAUAAUAAAAACGAAUCCCAGAUACUGCUGAUAAAGAAACCCGCUAGAGUCAGAAUUGAUAAAGGAUGUAUUAUCCUUUAAUUUUUAGAGGAUUUUUUUUUAUUUGUUAUCCAGUUACAUCUUUGUUGAAUUUUACCCGAGGAAGAAAAACGUGUCGCUAUUUUCUCAGCAGUAACAAACCCUCCACAACAGCCUUUUACAACCCACGUGACCUCACUACAGCCAAAUUGUAGCCGGUUUGCAUUGUCGCAGGGGCGCGCAUUCUCCCGCACUGGUCGUCAACGUGUCUGCGUGUAAAGGUGAGGCGAGGGGGGGGGUGACCCAUUCACGUGUUUGGCUAGUCUCUUUUUUUUUUACCAAACUGCAGUAAAAGUGGCAACUCGGAUCAAGUUUUUUUUUUUUUACGCUGUAAGAAGAUCUGAGCUGGCAUUUCACCGCAACGAAUAUUGCGUCGCACCAACGCCUGUUUAAUGAUAAGAUGUGGUAAAAAAAAUACAGGAAAGUUGGUCAAGAACCCAUUAGUGGAGUGGUGUGGUGUAUUGAUUUGCUUACGUUCAUUACGAAUCCGGCUGCCUGAGCUCAGUCUCUAGCCACGGCUCGCGUCAGUAGCGAGUGAUAUUUGAACUGGUACUGGGGCCACCGCCUCCCAACCCGCAAUGACCAGCGUGGUGAAGUAUGGUUAACCCCCCCCCCCCGCCCCUUCAACAACCGACAUGGUGUGUGGAGGCCCUCAACCAGCAGCCGAUUGACAAGUUGGGCUGCAAGUGAUCGUUCAUUUAUUUGAUGAAAAUGUGCCAAUGGUCUCCAUUGCCAACAAAUUGGAACAAAAAUUGCCAAGGCCCACGUGUUCUCCCCGUUCGAACAAAAGCGAAUUUGGCAAAGUUGUCUGCAACGACUUCUGCAAUCUAGACACGAGAGAUGCCCGCCUGCCGAACUCAUGGCACAGCGAAUAGUUGAUAUUUGCUGCACGCUCAGUUUAAACCUCGUGCACUUUUCACUGGAUUGCAGACACACACACACGUAUGUACAAAGAGGUUUCAUCAUAACGUUUUAAACGGGAUACUUCAGAUCAUAUUCUAGGUAAAUUAGAAUUCCUAUCAUCACAGGCAAUAUCACAUUAAGAGUUGCUGGUGAACCGUCUCGCCCUUCGUUGACAUGGACUUGAGCUUGCGGGUCUCCGGGUUUGUGCGGUUGUGUUUGUUGCUGUGCAGAUGACAUGAGCGGUAACGUGUUGUAAUUAUCGUGAGAAAGGAGUUGGUAGUUUCUUGCCAUGUGGACGCGUAACUCGUUUUUUUUGUCCUUGUAUCCACCGUAUCAAUGUUAGGUGAAUAAUAUAGUUUUAAAUGCCUUCUAUUGUAAUCUACUCACGUUUUUUGUUACAACUAUAUGUAAGUCGUGCGUAGAUGUCAGAGGACAACUGAGAAACACGUGGUUUGUCGGUCACCAACAGUAUCUGGUGCAAGCAGACAUGUUCUGGCAGCAGCAGCACAUGCUGGUAGCGAUGUGAUCCCUCUCUCUGACUUGGUGUUUUUGAAAAAUGAAGACAACGAGUGUAUAGAGCUACACAAGCCUAACUUUAAAUGGUUCAACUGACAUAGAUUAACUAUAUUCUUUAAACAUUUCAGAUGUUUUAGCUCACGUUUCUGAUUGCUUAGUCCGUGUCCAUAAAGCUUAGCUAAGCACCAGAGGCAACGUGGAAAUUCGGAAAUUUGAGUUGGUGCAGAACGGCUUCUGUGUCCUUAGUGUGAGCGCAUGAAUGGGAAACCGUGUAGCUUUCUACUAGCCGAGCUGUGUUUAUGUGAAUAUAUUUUAUUGCUUGUGGUUUGUAACGAUGCAUAGUGAAUUUGAACGGAUUCAUCUGGUUAAAUAAAAAAAGUUAGAUUGUUUUU